AUGGAUGGAGGUCUAGGGGAGAUGUCCCUCCACAGCCACUCUGAUCUGGCCCACAGCCAGGACGGCAGGGCCAUGCUCCACUCACGGGACCUCUCCGCCGCCUUCCCCAGGCCUUCCCUCGGGAGCUCCUCCAUGGCUCUGGAACCCGAGCCCCGUGCACCGGGCUACGACCACUCCAUGUCUGCUCUGGGCUACAGUGGCGAUUCCCCGUCCGGCGCCGGCAGCACCUACACCACCUUGACCCCCCUGCAGCCGUUCGACGACAAGUUCCACCACCACCAUCACCAUCACCCCUGCCUCCCCGUCAGUAAUGUUAUCGGGAGCUUCACCCUCAUGCGCGAAGACCGAGGCCUCAGCACCAACUUCUAUAACCCAUAUGGCAAGGAGCUGGCUAUGUCCCAGAGUCUGUCACCCCCCUCCACUGGUUCAGGUCUGGGUGCCUCCAUGCAUGGCUAUGGCGGUCUGGGCAAUGGCUCUAAUGGCAGCGGUGGACAGAUGCUCCACAGCGGUUAUGAUGUCCACGGGGGGAGCCUUUUCUGCCGAGCAUCAGAUUUUGGCCGAGAGAUGUCCCCACCAGGCCUGGGAGGAGGAGACGUGUCUGUUGGACAUCAGCUGAACAAAAUGGAGGCUCACCAGCAUGCCUCCAGCCACCACCCCCACAUCUACAGCCAGCACUACCAGCCUCACCACCACCCGAGCCAACAAGUCGCCAAGAUGGGUGAGCACCUGCACUCUUCAUCAUCCACCGCAUCCUCACCCGGAGAGGGCAUGCUGCCCGGGUCACAGGGCGGCGGCAGCGGGGAGGAGAUCAACACCAGGGAUGUGGCCCAGAGGAUCAUCACAGAGCUAAAGAGGUACAGCAUCCCCCAGGCCAUCUUUGCAGAGAGGGUUCUCUGUAGGUCACAGGGCACGCUGUCUGACCUCCUGAGGAACCCCAAGCCCUGGGGCAAGCUCAAGUCUGGCCGCGAGACCUUCAAGAGGAUGUCUCGCUGGCUGCAGGAGCCUGAGUUUCAAAGAAUGGCCUCGCUCCGGCUGGAGGCCUGCAAGCGCAAGGAGCAGGAGCAGAGCAAGCUGGAGCGCAACCAGGGCCCGAAGCGCACCAGGCUGGUGUUCACAGACCUGCAGCGGCGCACUCUCAUGGCCAUCUUCAGGGAGAACCACCGCCCCACCAAAGAGCUGCAGGUCACCAUCUCCCAGCAGCUGGGCCUGGAGCUCUCCACCGUCAGCAACUUCUUCAUGAACGCCCGCCGACGCAACCUCAACAAGUGGGCAGACGAGGGGCGCCCCUCCUCCACCGGCUCCUCGGGCUCCAGCGUUUCCUCCUCUGCAGUGUCCUGCAGCACGGCGUGACCACCGAUUGUUCAGGAGGCGCGACAGGGAGGGAGCAAGGAGGCGCAUAGACUGGUCUAAGUGGAGAUCAGCCGUUACAAAUGUCCUCCUCGUUAUCAGAAGGAGUGACGGAGCCAGCUGU